UUCCUUUCGUCGUCGUACGUCGACAGAAGCAAAAAUAAACAUUCACAAUAACAAAACCUAGGGUUCGCCUAAGGAGAUGUCGCUAGCGGUUUGAUUUUCUUCCUCUGAUAGUAGCAUCGACAUUGUGAGGGCUUUGAUUUCUCUGGCGAGUGUUUGCAACCCUUCCUCCGACAAAGCUCGAUUUGGCGUCUUGUUAUCUCCGCUCUCGAACUCUCCGGUGAGAAUCACCAUUGUUUCACCUGUCAUCCUUUUCGUCUCCUCUACUGAAAAUCCAAACUGAUUUAUGGUUCCAAAUAACUUUAGCAAGAAGACUUGAAAUCAGAUUAAGGAUAGUUAUCCCUUCAUUAAGGUAAACACACGCUUUUGUUCACCAAUCGGUAGUACUUUUAAAUUAUGCUAUGAGUUUUAGAGAGUGGUUAGUUUUAGUGUUGAUCUUACAUGUUUUCUAUGACCCCAAACAAGAUAAAGAAUCUUAGAUGUCUUAGAUGACAGAUAAUCUAUUGUAGUACUGGGUAUAGAGCCUUGGCCAAGAGGUUGAUUGAGUGAAAAUCCUCAUUCUCUUGAUUACAACAAAUACUCGCUUUUGUACUAGCAUUCAUGGUAACAAUUUUUUUUGUUUUCAUUGUUAGAUAUGGCUUCUUCUAGCACUAAGAGAAACUAUCCGCGUCUACUCUACAGUAAAGGAAAAGCUCCUAGUCAGCAAAGGAGUAUGAGCUAUUAUAGCUAUUUGUCCAAUUUUCAAAUGGUAAGAGAGGGUGUGGGAUUUGAUGCAUGGGAGGCUGUAAAGAAGUCUGCAAUUGGCGUUUUUCCUAUGUUUUAUGAGCUCAAAUUCACAUGGUGUGCGAAGCUUGUCCAUUACCUAUUAACGAAUCAGCUUCAAGUGAAGAAGAAUUAUGAGAUAUGGUCGUUGAUUGAUUGGCAGCCCAUUCGUCUCUCUUUGGUUGAAUUUGGUGAGAUAACGGGAAUGAAUUGUGAACCGUUCCAAAAAGGGGAAAUUUGUGAUGUUGAUCAUACAGACUUCUGGAAAGAAAUGGGGGUUUCUACAGUUGUUGGUCCUAACUUGGUUCAGCUUCAGUCGGUAUUGGAAAGAUGCAAGUAUUGGAGUCUCGAGAAGAGGACAAUGGUUGGAUUGUUAUGUGUUCUUCAUCUUGGUGUCUAUGGAAUUGCUCCCUCACGUCAUAUUCCGUUGGAGUGUGCGAAGAGAGUCCUUGAUUAUGAAGCUUUCCAAAGAUACCCGUGGGGUCGCGUAGCGUGUCAGAGUUUGAUAUACUCUGUUAAGUGUGCUGAUUACAGCACAAAGGAAUCAUAUACAAUGGCAGGGUUUAUUUUCAUCUUACAAAUAUGGGCAUAUGAGUCAGUUAUGGGCUUAGGAGAGCUUUACGGAAACAGAAUUGGUGGUGCAGAAGUGCCUCUUCUUUCAUGGAGUGGAUCCCGCAAGAGAUUCAAGUUCGAGGAGUUUGUUAGACAGGAGAAAGAGCACCAUGAAGAUAAGGUGCGUGUGAGACAUUUUACUACAGAACCAAAUGGACAGUAUACGCCUAAGUGGGAUGAUGAAGUUGAUGAUGGUGAUGUGAUAAACUUGGUUCUGGAUAUACGUAAUGAUUGUAUAAAUAGAGGAUUUUGGGAUGUCACAGAAGAAUCUCCAGCUACUACAAGGCUGAAGCGUCCUAAAUCUGUUCCCGAGACUGAUGGUCAGAGUUCUAAAAAGAAGAAAGGUGAUGAUACAAAAACUGUUGGGAUUGAAGAAAACACUAAUAGUCCAAGUAAAGAAGAAAUUCCAGUGAGCCAGCUUUACACUUUGAUGAAGACAUUGACAGGAAAACUGGAUAACAUAGAUACAUCGAUUGAAGCAAAGGUUGGUUCCCUUCUCGCUCCUAUAACUGAGAAGCUAGCAACAAUGGAGAAGGAACUUCAAAAGAUGAAACAAAAAGAGGCAGCUGAUGAGAGGAAAGAAGAUGCAAAUUCCAACGCUAACAAUAAUGAAAAUGCUGAAGUAAAUAGCAAAGAAAUGUCUUGGAUGGUGGAGAUGAAUUCCACAUCGCAGGAUGGUUUACCUUCUCAACGUGUUGUCAAAAAAGCAAAGAAGGCAAGCAAAAAAUGUGAAAAUAUGGGACUUGACAAGAAAAAGGUUUUUGAUAAGAAGGUUUUGAAAACCAAAAUUCAAGUGCCACAUUUACUUGAUAACGCCUCAGGGGAUGAAACAUGGUCUGAUCCAGUGCAGCGUGAAAAGGUUACAGAUCUUGGUGAUCAUUUAGAUGCCUCAGCAGCCAUGGCUAAAAAGCUAAAUAAGCCUACAUCUCCCACACCUUCGUCACCUCCGCAGAAGCGCAAAACUAAGCUGGCAUCAUCUCAGCUUUUUCCUUUCGUAGGAAACUCUACCGUGAAGCGCAUCAUCACAGGUGUGACACCGUCCGUCUCAGCAUAUGAUCCGUUUGCUGAUGUUGACGCUGAUAAAAUGAGGAAUUUACUGCACUUUUUACUGGAUGAUGAGAAGAACUCGGACAGGACAUCUACCCAUAGUACAGAGUUCUAUAAGGUGAUAAUAACCCCAAGAAAUAAGUGGCGUACAUAUAACUAUGGCUGGUUGAAUAACAUGCAUAUGUGGUCUGCGAUGCAUAUGUUCUAUAAGAGAUCACUUUGUGAUCCUUCACCAUACCAUUCUCAGCGCAUUGCUUUUUUGGAUCAGUGGGUUGUCACCAAAAUUGUCAGUGAUUUUAAAGAGUUUAAUCCGAAGACUUGGAAACCUACAGAUACAUAUAAGGGUAUCUUCAACGGCACGUAUCCAUAUGACCGAGUCACAAACAAGAAGUGGCUUCACGAUAUAGAUCAUCUAUAUGCAUGUCAUUUCGUAAAUGGUAAUCACUGGGUUGCAUUGGACAUCGACUUGGGGAAGGAGACCAUUACCGUUUAUGACAGCAUUCUGACCUUAGUAGAUGAUAAAGAAAUCCAGAACUUCUGCCGGCCGUUUGCAAAGAUGAUUCCCUCCAUUCUGAGUACUAUGGUCUCCGCCACUGUUCGGAAGAAAAGUGAAAAACAAUUCACUGUACGAAGAUUGAAAAAAGUUCCACAGAAUGACCCCCCAGGAGACUGUGGUGUUUAUACCAUAAAAUACAUUGAAUGUCUUGCGAUUGGUUGCACAUUUGAAGGGUUACGUGAUGAAACCAUUCAGGUUCUUCGACGGAAGCUAGCUGCUGAGAUUUACGACUCUGUUGGAGAACCUCAAAUCACUCAUUUAUUUACUGAUACUGCAAAGUAGUACGUUUAGUUUUAGAUUCUCUUGGUGAUUGUUUAGUCUUAUUAGCGCAACAUGAGUUUUAUUAGUGAACGUGUGUCAGCUAUACAAUUUGCAGUCCACAUUUAUCACAAGGCCGUUUGUUCUGUUUUAAAAAAAAAAAUCAGCUUUGGUUUAUUGACUGAGUUACUAAUUAUUGUUACAUAUAACAACAGUUUUAACUCGCAACGUAUUUAAAAAAAAAAGCAUGUGCGAGAAGAAGAGCUAGAAGAGAAACAAAAGAACCAGAACCAAGCUAAUUAUUUUCUACUAAAAAUUCUGAAAGUAUAGAAAACGACUAAACAUAAGCUAAACUUGAACCUUGCAGGUGUUACAGUUAUGUCCAGAUUGAUGACACUUUGAACAUAAAUGUUGUUUUCUAGGUCGUUUUUUUUCAGUAGCUUUCUCCAGAGCCGAUUUCAUCCUUGAUUUUUUGGGUCUUCCAGGUUGUGUGUGUACAACCGGAGGCAAGCAAAUCUUUGUUGUGAUAUUUUCUGGAACCGGUGAAGCUACAUCUCUUGGCAUUAUAGAGGUGGAAUAAGCGCUCCACAAGUAUGAGCUAUGAUAGUAGGGGUGACAAAGAGAUAUGCUGCAUUGCUUACGUGCUUCCGCUGACGCGAUUGCAUGAACACAUGGUAACUUUUCCUUAUCAAACCGACGACACGUACACAUUCUUCCUGUUAAAUCAACGAUAUGCAGAGACGAACCAGUUGUAACUUGUGAAUGAUGCAAAUCAAUUGCUUGAACUGUAAGCAUCUUCGCAUGUGCUACACGUUUCUGAGAAAAAAAUAGUGUUACAAACUGUCUAUAAAAAGCAAGUAACUAACAAAAAUAUAAAGAGAAGGUGUUAUUUUACCUCCAAAAGUUUCUCCACUCCACGAGUCAAGGUUGUCUUCAUUGUUCCCGCAGCUGUCCUCCUACUUGCAAACCAUCUUGUCAUCAUUAAUCGUAGCGCAUCUAAAAGUUUUACAAUGGGCAAAGUUCUCGAGCUUGAGAUGACUUUGUUGAUGGACUCAGCAAUGUUUGUCGUCAAUAAGUUGUAUCUAUCCCCAGGGAAAUGCACACGAGCCCACUUCUGUAUAUCAGCUGUUUCUAAAUAUUUGUGUAGUCCUGGAUUCAUUGCUUGAAUCUCCUCAAAUGUUGUAUUAAAAUCAGCCAAUGUAAAAGCACUUGCAGCUCUUUUAAACAAUCUAAAUGCAUCACCUCCUCUGUACCGUAGCAAUAUGUUUUUGUAAAGAUGGUAAGUGCAAAUUCCUCGACUAGACAUAGGAUACACUUUCCCAAUAGCUUUACCAAUUGCUUUAUGCCUAUCAGAAAUAAGUGCAAGUUCUUCAUCAUCAGGAAUAACAUUGCUUAGUUGUUGAAAGAACCAUUCCCAAGACUCAUCAUUUUCAGUAUCAACGACUGCAAAAGCAAUAGGAAAUAUCUGAAAAUUCCCAUCUUGAGCUGUUGCGGUUAGUAGUGUUCCUUUAUAUUUUCCCUGAAGGUAUGUACCGUCCACGACAAUUACCUUUCUCAUGUAAGGAAAUCCAACUAUACUAGCACCAAAUGCAAGGAACAAAUACUUGAAUCUGUCAACCUCAUCAACUUCCAAACGUGUGUAAGUUCCAGGAUUUGCUCUUCUUAUAUGAUAUAGAUAUGUGGGCAACUCUGAGUAUCCGCUCUCUGCAGAACCUCUAACAAUAUUUCUUGCACAUAAAAGUGUUCGAUGAGACUUCCAAUAAUCCAUCUGGUUUAAAAAAAAAUUAAAUUAGAUAUUAGAUACAUUAUAUUUUUUUAUAAACAAAAAAACUAAUAAUACAUAUGUUGUUUCAGAUGACGCACCUUAACACCAAAUCUCAUGUUUAAUGCUUCUCCGACGUGUUUUGGGAGAACUUUUGAAUCAACACCUCCAACAAAAUCUAUAUAUAGUACUGCAAGGAUCUCAGGAGUUGCUUGUCGGGCACUGGCAGAACGUUCUGUAACAGAACAUGAAUGUUUUGAAACGUGUGUACGAAUGGUAAACUGAGUCGACUUUCCAACUGGGGUAGCUCGUACUCUCCAUGUACAUCCUUCUACCCAACAUUUAACAACGAAUAUAUCUCUCGCUGAUUUAUCUACCCUGAAAUCAAAUUGAUGAAGGACUGACAAGAUCUUCAACCUAGUCUCGAGUGCAUCUUUCGUGUCAUAUCGUUGUCCAAUAGCCAAAUUAAGUGCAUCUAAUUCUAGCUUAACAUGAUGAUUACCCCUUUUAACCGGAACACUCGCAGACAUGGAUCCAUUCUUCACUUCUUCUUCUUCUUCUUCUUCUUCUUCUUCUUCUUCUUCUUCAACAUGAAUCCCUUUCAAUGCAAAGUCUUCAUCACCAGAAGACGCCCCAUCUAAAUCAUCACAAUAAUCAAAUAUGGAGCCUUCGUCGUCUUCAUCAAUUGCAUCCUUGUCUUCUUCCAAAACUCUUGCCUUAAGUUCGAGACAGAUUUGCAUUGCAUCUGUUUUAACUUGUUCCAAAAAUCCAUUAAACUGCCUUUGAUUUCCAAUAUCUAUAGGCGGUGUGUUUUGCGGUAAUGUUAGCAAAACUUUCUUUGGAUACAUGUAGCUCAACUCAACGUCGUAAAUCUCCGUAUCGACAUUGUGCGCUCUGAUCACCAUAUGAACAAAAUCCUCGUAGCUUGUUUUGUGGUUCACCGGUAUUACCUUGCUUCUCUUUCCUUUAUCAACACCGAAUAACCAUUUGGGUUUUUCAUGUAUCCAUUUACCGCAAACAAUUUUUACUUGAGCCAUAAGUGAAAAAAGAAACUCAAUGACACAAGAAACGUAACCUCUCGUCAAAGAAGAAGACGUGAUGGUUGGUUCUUUGUACAUUAGGGUUUUUUUCCUUCUUGGUUUAAAUUAAGUUUUGGUUAUGGUUUGGUUUACUUAAUUUAUUUCAGUUUAUUUAGUUUAAUUUGUUGGUUAGAAAGAUUUCGGUUUAGUUUAAUUGACAUAUAUGUAUUAUUUAAAAAAAAAUCAGAAUCUAAUGGUUAAAUCCGGUUUUCAUAAACCAGUUUGGUUAAGUAAAUUUAAUUAGUUUGUGGCCAAAGAAUUAUUAAAUCUGUCGCCAAAGUAAAAAAAAAUCUGUCAAAUUUUAAUUAAAUCUGUGGUCAAAAGAUAAACAAAUCUGUCAAAUUCAUAUUAAAUCUGUCAAAAUUAAGUAAAUCUGUGGUCAAAGGAUAAUAAAUC